AUGGCUGGUGGGCGAUGGUUGUUCUGGUUGAGCAAGCGUGACACUCGCCACUUUUUUGACUUCUCAGGGGGUCAACCAGAGCGCCAAACACCGGAUGCUGGGAAUUCGAGGAGCAAGGGAAAGGCCAAAGCGACAGAGACAGGGACUGGUCUUGAAAGUUCAGGACAAUACUCAGAUUCCUUGUGGGUUGAUCGCUGUGAGCCUGUCACCCAGGAUGACCUGGCUGUUCACAAGCGAAAAGUAUCGGACGUUCGUCAGUGGCUCCUCGAAUCAUUCAGCGGAGGACCCUCAGGCAGGUUGAAGCAGUAUAGGCGGAUACUAGCUUUGACUGGGCCCGCAGGCACUGCAAAGACCGCCACAUUGCGAGUUCUGUCGCGUGAGUUGAACUUUGAGAUCAUGGAGUGGCGCAACAGCACGGACGAGCAAUGGAGCCGAGACACUGCCUUCAAGGACGAUGGAGCAGACGUGGGGCACAUGGAGUAUGAAAGCCUCGUGGACAAGUUCAGGAGCUUCCUCGCUCGCGCGGGGACCUGCCAACCUCUCGCGCAGAGCUCAAGUCAGCCUUAUGCAUCUAGCCAAGCUUCUACCGUGCAAUCUAGCGUAACACCAGACGGAAAACGGCAUGUGAUUCUUUUGGAAGAUCUCCCUAAUAUUCUACAUCUUGGCACGCAAGCAUCAUUCCAUAGCGCGAUCGAGGAAUUCGUAUCGUUGCCCGCCACGAGUGUGGCGCCGCUUGUAAUCAUCGUAAGUGAUGCAGGCUUGCGUGGAGAGGAUGUAGAGAAUGACGGGGGCAGCUGGCGAAGAGGGAAGGAAGCGGUUGACGUGCGCAGCGUACUACCGCCCUCGCUGAUCAACUCGCCCUAUGUCACGCAAGUCCGCUUUAACCCAAUCGCCCCCUCUCUCAUGCGCCCUGCCCUCCAGACCCUGCUCGACAAGCAUUUUCACUCUGUACCAGAUAAUUUGCCGCCAAAAGAGGUCAUCGACGUCAUCGUCGAGUCGUCGAACGGGGAUAUCCGUAGCGCUAUUAUGGCACUUCAGUUUGCAUGUCUUACAAAGGCAGGCGCGCAGGCGGGUGGUGCGACCGUGAAGGGAGGCAAGCAAAAUAUCUCUCAGGCACGUGUGAUGUUGGGGGCCAUCACGAGGCGCGAGCAGAGCCUGGCGCUAUUUCACCUACUCGGAAAGCUCUUGUACAACAAACGAAAGGGAGACCCGCCAAACGCGUCAGCUUCUGCAAAGGACAAACAGCAAGACAAAGAGCUAGAUGCCACCCUGAAGGAACCACCGACGUUGCCGCUGCAUCUCAGGGUGCACGAACGUCGGGCAUCCAGAGUCGACAUCGAGAACUACACUCAAUAUUGUACCACGCUGGACGAAUGCGACUCAGAGGCUGACUGGCUGAGCUGGAUCGACUCCAGCGGAGGUGAAACUUGGCAUCAAGCGAAUCCGCACUGCUUCCAUCUGCUUGCACUAAGUACGCUGCACUCGCUCCCCUCGCCAGUCGUGCGGCGGUGCCAAACACCGUACAAGCCCGCGUUCUUUGAGGCGCUGAAGCGGGAGCGCGAGGCAGAAGAUGGACUGAGGGAUGUGCAACUGUGGCUACAAUAUCAACACAGCGAAUCUGGUGUUGGCGACUGGAGUCGACAGCGCAUCGCAUUGGAGCUCGGUGGGAUCCUGAAGGCGUGGGAUAGUCGAGGCGUAGCAUCAUCACUUGCACCCAAGACGCAUAAGCUGUUCUCGCGAAUGGACUUUGGCGAAAACACAAGGCACGACGUACAGCUAACAGACGAAAGCGAGGGGCACCAAGAGCUUACUCUUGACAAUGAGGACGAGAUUGACACCCGACAUACUAGCGAGGCAGAUCAUGAUUUAGCGGGAAGAGGUGGUUGGUUGGAGGACGACGACAUUGAGGACUUCUGA